AUGAACAUAUACGCACCGCCUCUGCGUCCGCAAGAAACAUACACCCAAGGAUUCUGGUACGCCAUCGCAGCAGCCGCCUUCUAUACUAUAUGUUCCAUGAUCCUCAUGGUCAAUAUGCUAGGUUACUUUCUAGGCCACUACCCAGAAAACUUUGCGCUCAGUGACAGCCAACGGACACUCAUCCUGCAGACGAUGGCAUUCUUUAUCUGGCUGGCUGGUGGCUCCGCAGUAUUUGCCAAACUUGAACAAAAUGCUGGCAACGAUAGUUGGCGCUUCGCGGAUGCCCUGUACUUUUGCGAUGUCACAAUUCUCACAGUUGGCUUCGGCGAUAUGGUACCAUCAACUGCUGCGACUAGAGGUAUCGUCUUCCCUUACUCCGUCGGGGGCAUCGUCACCUUGGCCCUUAUUGUCUCUUCGCUCUAUACCGCAGUACGCGAGUUGGGUGAUGAGAAGAUUGUCCAGAAGUAUGUGGACCGCCUGCGCGAAAGCGUCGUCGAGCGUACAGUGACCAACUCCUUCGAUCUUCGUCAUCGCGAACACACCGCCCAUCAUCUCAUCAGAAAGCGCAAACUUAGACCCCCUAAGAUAUCUGCACCAACUGAACUGCGACGUUUACGCAAACCCGUGGAUGAGAACGCCAAUCAUACCUCGGCACUCCCACACAUUACCCACGCUCUCGGCAUGAAUUCGAAAAGAAGGCUUCUAGUUUUAAAAGAGGAGAAAGAUCGAUUCGAAGUCAUGCGCAGGAUACAAGAGGAUUCUAAGAAGUUCAAGCAGUGGAUGGCCCUUUUCUGGUCCACCACCACAUUCUUGAUCCUUUGGUGCAUAGGUGCUCUUGUGUUCACAAUAACUGAAAAGGACAGUCAGGGACUAACGUAUUUCCCCGCCCUCUAUUUCUGCUACGUCUCCUUGCUCACCAUUGGGUACGGAGAUUUAGCCCCAAAGACCAAUUCUGGACGGUGCUUCUUUGUCGUUUGGAGCUUGAUCGCCGUCCCAACCAUGACCAUCUUAGUCUCUAAUCUUGGAGACACGGUGGUGGCAAACUUCAAGAAAUGGAGCGAUAAGUUUGCCGACUUUACCGUGUUGCCUAAGGCAGGCAUAUGGCGCUCGUUUCUUGACAAGCACCCCUGGCUUCUUCAGUGGUUACAACGCUUGACAGAAUACCAUACACGUAGGAAGCGUUUGAAGAAGGGAUUCGAAGUCGGGGUUGUCGACAGCAAUGGCUCAGGUCCUCCUAACGUUGGUGACAACGACGCCGGUCCCUCUGAAGAUGUAGAAAACCCGCGAGACAGCGACAGAGCUGCUGAAGAAUCUGAGGCAACUCCAGAAAUCUCGCUUCCUCAAGCACCGACUGGUGCAUCCAUAUCCCGCCAGCUGGCGCUGUGUAUCCAAAAGGUCUCGUUUGACCUGAGAAAACCAAACAAGCGGUAUAGUUACGAAGAAUGGGUUGAAUUUACACGCUUAAUCCGCGCAACCCACCCAGAGCGUCUAGAUCGCUAUCUAGGUAUCGAGUGCAACUCAACAGACGAUGAGAACGAGGAGGGAUUGGUGAACUGGGAUUGGCUUGGUGAGCAUAGCCCUUUGGUCUCUGGAAACAGCGAAAGUGAGUGGUUGCUGGAGAGGCUUGUAGAGAGUUUGGUAAGAUUGGAAAAGAGAAAGGAGGUCGCAAGGCGAAGAAGAGAUAUUGGGGUGUUGAGGAAUAUAGAGGGAAAGAAUGGAGAAAAUGGCUGA